AUCUGCCCUGAGGAUUAAACCUGCAUUCAACUAAAAUGAAUCCUUCACCUCCAGGUCGGUCAAUUCAGCCUGGCUACACCCGCCGGGACCCUCGUCCUUCUCCCUAUCCAAGACCUGCGCCUGCUGACCCCAUGGCCGGCUAUCGCCGCUUCCAACUGCGUCAUAUCAUCUCUGAGCUCACUACGCUUCUGGAACAGCUCAUUUCUCCUGAACUGCCUGCGCAUGCUUAUCUGCCAUCCCAUAUUAUGAGAAAUCCUCCUGUUCUCAUGUCCUCCUCUCAAACCACUCUGGUAAACCUCGUGGACAGGGGAUCUCAAACUGAUGGCUGUCCUCAUGCUCACCCUUGCACCCGUGAGCCUGGAACUCCCGGCUCCCCCCCUCCUUAUGCCUAUGUUCGUCCCCUCUCUCCCACCUUUCCAUCUUCUCCCUCUGAUUCUAACCCUGCGUCUCCAGAUUACACUCCUGAAUCUCCAGAUUACACUCCUACUACUCCCCUUUACUAAGGCCUAAUAAAAACACCUUAAUAAUAAUAAU